AUGGCUGCCAAGGUCGCUACCGAGUCCUUCCUCCAGGUUCUCCAGAACCGCCGCACCUACUACGCCCUGAGCAAGAACCUGGGCUCCGUCACCCCCGCCCGCGUCCAGGAGCUCGUCAACCAGACCACCCUCCACACCCCCUCCUCCUUCAACGCCCAGUCCAACCGCCUCGUCGUCCUCUUCGGCGCCGAGCACGACAAGCUCUGGGACAUCACCUCGGACAGCCUCAAGGCCAUCGUCCCCGAGGACAAGUGGCAGCCCACCGCCGACCGCCUCGCCGGCUUCAAGGGCGCGGCGGGCACCGUCCUCUUCUUCGAGGACGAGGAGACCGUCCAGGGCCAGCAGAAGGCCUUCGCCCUCUACGCCGACCGCUUCCCCGGCUGGGCCGCCCAGUCCCUCGGCAUGCAGCAGCUCGCGCUCUGGGCCGCCCUCGAGAACGAGGGGCUCGGCGCCAACCUCCAGCACUACAACCCCAUCAUCGACGACAAGGUCGCCGCCCAGUGGAGCCUCCCCGUCACCUGGAAGCUCAACGCCCAGCUCGUCUUUGGCGGCAAGGAGGGCGAGGCCGGACCCAAGGAGUUCAAGCCCCUCGAGGAGCGCGUCAAGGUCUUCGGCGCUUGA